AUGAUGCAUGACAUUGGAUACAGGCAAAUGGGACAGCUCUUUGUCAUGGGAUUCGAUGGUAGCACCGUCGACCCGCAGAUACGAUCUCUUAUUGAGGACUACCAUCUUGGAGCGAUUCUUUUAACCGCCAAGAACUUGAAGUCAGCAGAUGAAACCGCGAAACUUGUCCUUGAGCUCCAGACCAUCGCACGGCAAGCAGGCCAUAAAUUGCCACUAUUAAUCGGACUUGAUCAGGAGAAUGGCGGCGUCAAUAGUCUCUUUGACGAUGUUUACAUUCGCCAAUUCCCCAGCGCCAUGGGUGUUGCGGCGACGGGCUCGAAGAAACUGGCUAGAGAAGUAGCCAAAGCGACGGCACAGGAGCUCCGCGCUGUCGGGGUGAAUUGGAUCCUGGGCCCAGUAUUGGACGUCUUGACAAACGGAAGAAACCAGCCGUUGGGCGUCCGGAGUGUGGGGGAUGAUCCACAGGAAGUGGCGGCGUACGGAGUUGAAUCGAUGAAAGGGUAUCAAGACGCAGGACUGGCCACCUGCGGAAAGCAUUUCCCUUCAUACGGCAACCUGGAUAUGCUGGCAUCUCAGUCCGACGUACCGGUCAUCACAGACACACUUGAGCAACUCAGGCUAAGUGCUCUCGUACCGUUCCGCAGCGCAAUAUCACAAGGGCUGGACUCGAUGAUUGUGGGCGGCUGUUCGAUGAUGUCUCAUGGAAUGAACGUGAUGCAUGCCUGCCUCUCAGAACAGGUAAUCGAGGACCUACUUCGAACCGAUCUCAACUUUCAGGGAGUUGUCGUUUCCGACUGCCUAGAAAUGGAGGCUCUCAGCAGCAACAUUGGCGUUGGCGGUGGGACGGUGAUGGCUCUCAAGGCUGGAUGUGACCUGGUGCUGCUCUGCCGGUCUUUCACCGUCCAGCAGGAGGCCAUCAGCGGGUUGAGGUUGGGGGUAGAGAAUGGCAUGAUCAGUAAAGAGAGGAUACGACAGUCGCUACAGCGAGUGUCUGCCAUGAAGAGCCGGCGAACAAGUUGGGAGCAGGCUCUGAAUCCUCCUGGUCUCGGCCUGUUGUCCAAACUGCAGCCGUCUCACACCAGCCUAUCCACGCAGGCAUACAACAAGUCGAUCACCGUUGUCAGAGACAAGGCCAACCUGCUCCCGCUCUCCAGCAUACUCGAGGCUGACGAGGAGCUGCUACUGCUUACUCCGCUCGUCAAGCCGCUCCCAGCCUCUGCGGCGUCUCAAACGGCCGGCGAACGCAGCCGAGAGUCCACACAUUCGAUAGAUGCUUCCAACUGGGAACGAACUCCUUCCAUCAAGAGCGGCGAGGCCGUAUUCCGUGAUUUGGGGCGGUCGUUAGCGCGCCGGAGGAACGGACGGGUUCUUCACACGUCCUACACCGCAAGCGGCCUUCGACCGAUUCACGAGACUCUAAUCACUCGCGCCAGCGCCGUGAUCGUCGUCACAGCAGAUUCGAACAGGAACCUGUACCAGCACGGCUUCACGAAGCACGUCUCCCUCAUCUGCAGUGCUCAGAGCUCGGCGAACGGGUACCCGCGAACGAAGCCGGUCAUCGUGGUCGCGGUCAGCUCACCGUACGACUUUGCGACGGACCAGUCCGUAGGCACGUACAUCUGCACCUAUGACUUCACGGAGACAGCACUGCAAGCGCUAGUCAAGGUGCUCUACGGCGAGCUAGCCCCGACCGGACGGAUGCCAGGAACGCUCAGCAAAAGCUUGAGGUCAAGCCAAUUACGCCAGCACUGGCUCGUGGAGACCUGGAACGAGGAGCGAGACGUGGCCGCGCUCGAUGCGCUCCUUGCAGCUAUACGGGAGGGCGACGGGCCCAACCACGGCCGCGAGCUGGCCAGCGUAACGGCCAACACCUUCCUGCUGAAGAACAGCGAUGUGCAGGAGAGCCACCUGGUGGUCAGGAACAGCAGCACGCACGCGAUCAACGGGUUCUGCGCCACGUACCUGUUCAAGUCGACAGGCACCGGCGUCAUCGGGGCGAUUCUGGUCGACCCAGCACGGCGCAAACUGGGCAUCGGCAACUCACUGCACGCCCGCGCGAUCCAGACGCUAGCCCAAGGGCAAGGCGUGAAGCAGUUCCAACUUGGCUCGAGAAUCCCCGGGAUAUACCUUGGCAUCCCCAGGGGCGAUCCGGUCGAGCGGAGGAAGCUGCGCCGGUGGUUUGCCCAUCUCGGCUGGAACAUGGCGCUCUCGCGGCCGCUGUGCUCGAUGAUUCUCCGCGACGUGCAGAAAUGGGUGCAGCCCGAGGGCCUGACGCGGGCGCUGGUAUCGUCCUCGUCCUCGUCGGCGGUCGAGUACGACCUGGUCUUUGGCUGGGAGUACGGCGAGGCGAUCGUGGACCACGUCAAGACGAGCUCGCGGCAAGGGGUGGCCGAGAUAUACCGGACCGCGCUCUCUGGGCGGCCUCACUGCGGGAUCAUACGCGCGAAGAGGAGCGCGGACGGGGCGAUACUGGGGACGGUGGUGGUAUACAACUCGCUCUCGACGCUGGCUCGCGUGGUGCCCGCGGUCAAGGACGCGCGGAUCCGAGCCGGAGGAAUAUCGUCGCCCGUGAUAUCGCCCUCGGCCGGAGAAUAUGCAACUCUCGUCCAAGGCCUGAUCGUGCUGGGCAUCAAGGAGAUCCGCAAGCAAGGAGGCAACGCGGCAGUCCUCGACUGCGUGGAUGGCGACGGCAAUUUCGACAGCCUGACGACCAUGGGCUUCCAGGUGCUGCACAGCUUCGAGGAGCUGACCUGCGAUGCGGCGGCGUGGUUUGCAUCGCAGGUUUCGCCCGAGUAUUCGCUUAUCCUGGUCUUCUCUCUCCCCUGCCCGUCUGCGAGAGCCGCCAGAUCGAUCUCAGGCCUGGAAACCCCUCCGUCUGCUCUACAGCGUCUUCGCUGGCGGGACGACAUCUUCACAUCGCGCAGGACGAUGGACGGCUACGACGCCAUGACGAUGCCGUACAUGGGCUCGCCGCUCCCUAACAUGGGCCACGGCGAGUUCCUCAACACCAUGGCCUCCAUCGACAUGCCCCAGCCGUCAUACGACGGCGACGGCUUUCCCAGUGCGGACGACAUGAGCUACACGCAGCAGAUGUCGACGCACUCGCUGCGGCGGUUCUCGAGCAACCAGUUCGAGGAGCCGUUCGCAGACAUGCCCGAGAUGCUGCCCGCCUUCGAGGCGAUGGCGCCGGAGCCGCCGCAGCAGGACACGUCGAUAGACCACGGCAAUAAGCUGCUGGGCUUCUCGCUGCCCGUCUACAACUUCACGCUGCUCGACUACUCGCUGCGGCGGACCUCGCUCUCCAUGUCUGCGCAGCUGCACGGCAUGUUCUUCCUCGCCGAGUCGCCCUUCACCACCUCGCCGACGGGCGAGCCCAGCGGACCGCCCCCGAUCGCAGAGCUGACCUGCUACAGGCGGAAUCUCUUCCAGAUCACCGGCUCCGUCACCCUGCCCCGGACGCUGCGGUACAUCAUGACCGAGCAGGGCGACCGGAUCCCCAUACUGGCGCAGGAGCUGUCCGUCUCCGCCACCGAGUCCGUCGAGGGCAACUCGGUCAAGAUCAUCUCCGUGCCGUGGAAGACGCCCGCUGCGAACGCGACGGGCCAGCCGGAGGACAAGACUGAAAAGGAGCCGCCUGCGAUAGGGCUCGAUACGAUGACGGGACAGGAUACGGACUCGGACUAUGCUACUUUCUCCAUCGCCUGGAAACGACUGCAGUUCCGGAUAGCGACUGCGAACAACGGACGGCGAAAGGAGCUGCAGCAGCAUUUCGUGGUCCGGCUCAAGGUCGUGGCCACCCUCUCCACGGGGGCGAAGAUAUCGAUAUGCGAGACGCAGUCGGGCCCCAUCAUCGUUCGCGGUCGGAGUCCCAGGAAUUUUCAGUCUCGCAAGGACCUGCCGCUCAGUGGGAGUGCCGCCGCCUCGAGGAAGAAUAUCCAGGCUGCGGCGGCGUUGGCCAGGAGUAACGCGGAGUCCUCACGUUCACAGCAGCAGCAGCAGGGAACAUCGAAGAGGAGCAAGUCUCCUCAAGACCGGCCAUCGACGAAGUUGGAGUCAGAUAGGAAGACAGAGCAUGCCGGCGAAGGCAGUUCGUCGCACCAGCAGCAUCCUACAUCUACGUCUACAUCUACAUAUCCGGACUGGUCUCAUAUCCCAGCCACGGCGGCCACGCCCGGGCCGGCCUUGAUAUCGGAACAGCCCUCCAACCAAGACGGAUCGAGAGCGUUCAAGAGACGCCGUCUGAGCUCCAGCCUUGCUCCCGUCAGUCUCUCCUUCAUGGACGACGAAGCCAGCGCGUCCGGCUCUCCGCAUUCAAUCGAUAUACCAGCUCCUCCUCCUCCGCCAUCCCAUCCAGCUCCUCCUCCCACGAUCGGAUCAGAACAUAACCACGACACCGCCUCCCGCGACGACACCGAUCUAUCCCCUUCCAAGUCACGGAAACGAUCAUCACCCACCUCUGCACCGCAGUAUCAAGACACCGCCAGCACGACAGCGACUUCACACGACCAGCCGUUUGGCAGCGCGUUUAUACCGCCUGCCAUAAUGGGAGCGGGCGACAGUGCAGAAGCGCUGUACGAAUACUUCCCUCUCGCGCUGGACGAGUGGCAGGCCCCCGUUGACGCCGUCUACCGGCCGCAUGUAGUACACCAUACCGGCUAUGUUGACGAUGCAAAGGCGCUGGCGGCCAGGAGUCGGACCAACCCAAACUUCAUCCGCACCAUCGCAUCGCAUACGCAUCCUACAGUCUCACUCAGGGCGCUCGCUGUUCCCACCCCCAAUGUCACCCUGCCCGGCCACUCCACCCGCUUUCUCGUUGAUGUUGACGCUGAUCUCGAUGUCGAUAUUUUGAUGUCCUCGAUAAUCCUCGAUCUGUUGAUACUGCUCUUCGCCAUGUGUGGUGGGUCGAGUGUCUGCACAGUGACAACCACCAGCGGCCGCUCUCCUGCUCCAACAGUUACACCCGCCUGUCCUCCCUGA